GUUUUAUUCACGCUUGUUCUUUUGGCCGACCGCGUUGGGUUGCUGUGUUGGUUUUGGAUUUAUUUAUUUUGCAGUUACUUUCAAAACAAUAACAUGGCAUCGACUGUUGCCCGUAGAAUUGCCCGACCCAUUGUGCAGAUGAUUUCACGGCCCAGUUGUGUUCUUAAGAGCACGUCUGCUCAGACACACCUUCGUUGUCUUGGAGCCGCGCACAGGCCCAUUCUCAGCCCUGCGAAACUGGAAAUCAUUCCAUCGAGGUGCAUGCAAAGCACAGGUGACAAGGAGCUGCUAGAUUUCCUUGCUGAUGAGAUUGUAGCAGAGACAAAGCAAGGCAAGAUGGACAAGCUGCCAUCAAGGAUUGGUGACUUUGACAUCAAGCUGGACCAGGCUGAAGUCACCCUUACAAGGAAGCAUAACAAUGAGACUGUGACAGUGACGCUGAACGUGAACCACUCAGUCGACUCAGACCCCGAGGCCGAGGACCUCUCAGAGACCCAGGGCAGUGAGCAGCUGAAGGCGCGGCCCACCUUCAACGUGGACAUCACCAAGGGCAACCGGACGGUCAGCUUCACGUGCUCGUACACCGAGGGCGGCGUGGUGGAGCAGCAGGGCGAGCAGUACAAUGACACAUUCUCCAUCGAUGAGGUGGUGAUGUUCGAGGGAGAGCACCACGAGAAGAACUUCUCAGUCUCCGGAGAGAUUCUCGAUGGAGUGCUCUACGACCUGCUGAUGAACAUGCUGGAGGAGCGUGGCGUCAGCAACGACUUCGCUGGCAAGCUCUCCGACUUCUGCACCGAGUACGAGCACAAGUGCUACAUUGCCCUGCUCGAGGGCCUGCGCGGGUUCGUCAGCAAGUAGAAGUUCCACAUGCGCUCGCUAGGUGUCGGCCGGCCGCGCCGGUGGUGGCGAUACGCAGUUGCAACGUGCGAUGCAACCACCGAGACUUUCAGUGUAUCCAUCUUGUCAUGAGACGACCAUUGUGUGAGGAGAUUUUCGAGAACAUAUAUACGUCCAGAAUGUUCCUUUUUCUUUUCUUUUCACCAACUUGCUAGGCUGGGAUUUGGAUGCAUCCAAGAACCAGGCGUGUCGAAUUUCCAGCACAGCAUUUUUGAUGGGGGUACAUUCCUGUCGAUAUGUAGGUCGUGUCGUAGGAAGGUACACUUAUUGAUUGACGUAUUUUCAAGUUCAUUCAGUCAUUGGCAUUUGGCAAUGACAUGGUUCAGGUAUUCACUAUUCAGGUCCAGGGUGAAUCAAUCGGCAGUGCCCGAUAAACAAAGAGCGUUGCAGUGUAAAAUAUGUCCAAUUCCGCUCAUAAAUCAGGCAGUCUUCCAUAAGGCUAAUAACAUGGUUAAUUAACUGCCUCUUUCGGUAUAGCGAAGCGACACCUUUUUGGUGCCAUGUCAUGGAGACUUCGUGGGGAGUUUUCAGCGAUGUCGCUGAUUUCCUUUUUUGACAUUCUCGUUUAUUCGUUCAUUUGUUGUUCAACGUAACUGGGGACUUGUAAGUUGUAACCCUAGCGUUGUAGCUCUGUACAGCUCGAGUUUUUUCAUAAUAAGAAACUCAAUAUUGAUGUAUAACAGUUCGGGAAUUUUUGCCAAUUUUGUCCUAAUUUUGUCCAAAUUUACAGCCAUUAUUGAUGUAUAAACAAUGGAUACUGGACGGUAUAACAGUGAUAACUGAUACCACCAUGGUACCUUGUACGCGUUUUUUUUUUUAUUCUGGGAACCUGGGGAAGUUCAUGCAAACUUAGUUGCAAUCAGUCGUACAACAAAAACAUCAAUUAUUCGACAUAAUGUAUGCGUUUCGGGGCGGUCUCAAAUAAUGACGUCAUUUAUUUUCUGAGCUUAUUGCGUCAUAUAUUUUCUGCAAGUUAUUAGCUUGGUGUAAACGGCCGACCUUGACGGGGCUCGCACGUGUGUUUCUCACUGAACUCGUUUCCGAAUAAAUUUUGUGUGUAUAGUGGCUAGUGUGUUGAUUUUUAAUGCUUUUUGUUUGAGUUAAACUAUAAGUAAGGUAACAUACUUGCUGCCCAGCUCAAGGGGCUCAAGGCCCUUAAUUGACUUAUUUUUGGCUGGCUCAGGACCAUUGUGAUUGUUGAGCUUCUGGUGAUAGGUAUUGUCCCAGUUUGUUGCUGCCAUGGAGGGAUCAAUGGAAAUAGAUGAGAGCAGGCAGAUUUUAGCCCAGUUCUGCUCAGAAACAGGUGAGGUGGCAGGAGCUCCAUUUAACCUACCAGCCACAAUCACCAAGGACAAACUGCAACUGGUCUGCAAUGCUCUCCUGGAAAAGGAGGAGGAGCCGGUGCCCUACUCAUUCUUUGUUGGCGACCUUGAAGUAACCUCCAGUCUUCAGGAGACACUAGAGCGACUGACAGUUGACUCAGAGAAGGUGCUCAACAUCGUGUACCAGCCACAGGCAGUCUUCAGAGUAAAGGCAGUCACACGCUGCACAAGCUCGAUUCCGGGCCACGCCGAGGCGGUGAUUGCGGCCCGGUUCUCGCCGGACGGACGGCAGCUGGCCAGCGGCUCCGGAGACAAGACGGUUCGCUUCUGGGACGUCUCCACAGAGACGCCGCAGCACACCUGUGCAGGUCAUCGGCACUGGGUGUUGUGUAUCGCCUGGUCACCCGACGGCCGGCUGCUGGCCUCCGGCUGUAAGAUCGGCGAGGUGCGCCUGUGGGACCCGGUCAGCGGGCAGCAGCAGGGGAAGCCGCUCACCGGACACAAACAGUGGAUCACGGCCGUCUGCUGGCAGCCGCUACACAGCACGGAGUCGGGCCAGUGUCGGCUGCUGGCCUCGAGCUCAAAGGACGGCGACGUGCGGGUCUGGGACGCCCGUCUGCACAGCUGUCUGCGCGUGCUCACCAGUCACACACAGUCGGUGACCGCGCUGCGCUGGGGCGGCGGCGGACUACUCUUCAGCGGCUCGCAGGACCGCUCCGUCAAAGUGUGGCGUGCGGAGGACGGUGUGAUGGUGCGGGCACUCCAGGGUCACGGCCACUGGGUGAACACGUUAGCCCUCAGCACAGACUAUGUGAUGCGAGUGGGCGCCUACGACCCGGCGCGUGGCGACGUCGGACAUCUGGCGGACGACGUGUCAGACGAGCAGAAGCUGACGGCCGCUCGCACCCGGUACUCUACCGUGCUGGAGUCAGGCGGAGGAGAGGAGCGGCUCGUGUCGGGCAGUGACGACUUCACCAUGUUCCUCUGGAGCCCGGCCAAGAGCAACAAGCCGCUCGCGCGGAUGACCGGGCACCAGGCGCUGAUCAACGACGUGCGCUUCUCGCCGGACUCGCGACUAAUUGCCUCCGCCUCGUUCGACAAGUCCAUCCGCAUCUGGGACGGCAGGACCGGAAAGUUCGUAGCGGCUCUCCGUGGCCACGUGCAGGCCGUCUACAUGACUGCCUGGUCGGCUGACUCGCGACUUCUAGUCAGCGGAAGCGCCGACUCUACGCUCAAAGUGUGGUCGAUGAAGACUCGUAAGCUCCAGCUGGAUCUGCCUGGCCACGCGGACGAAGUGUUUGCCGUAGACUGGUCACCAGAUGGCGAACGGGUGGUCAGCGGAGGAAAGGACAAGCUGCUCAGGAUAUGGCGCCGGUAGCCAAACGGACGGCGGCGGCGGCGGGGCUAUUUUCGCCCCACCACCGCCACUGACAGACGGCGAGAGAGGGCCGACCGGGGGCCAGGAGCGGCGCCGGUGGUGGCGAGGCGCUGGCCGGCAGCCCGUCCCUGGCCCGUGACGGCGGCUCCGUGGCAGCCGGCCAGCCUGGCCCGGCGGCCGAGACGGCACGGCCAGCCCGGCGGCUGAGACAUUACGACCAGCCUAGCCCGGCGACUGAGCUAACUCCGAGUCGUCAGGUGUGCUGGCGGGGCGCGGCGACCCGACCCGGCCGGCCGGCACCACCACCGCUCGGUAAACGCCGCCUCCCGCUGGAGGUCAACAAUACACUGCCACCGAUCCCCACACCCCGGGCUGGUCGGCCCUGAGCUGACAGACGGUCACUUUUACUGUGGAAUAGGUGAAUUGUGACCAGUGUGAAAAUGAACACGAGUUGUUAUUUUUGAGGGAUUUUUAUGGUCUGCAAUAUAAUGUGGAGCGUAACAA